CCCGUAGCAGGAGCUGGCCAGCUGGAGCAUGAGUUGGAUUCUGUGCCUGAGCCUCCUCCUCUGCCUGAUGGUGCAGACGGCCCUAGGUGACCUGCAUACCAAGAAGCCUCUAGUGGCCACCAAAUAUGGCCUCCUCCAAGGAAAGCAGAUGCAUGUGGCAAAGACAAACAUCAAUGUGUUCCUGGGAGUCCCCUUCGCCAAACCUCCUGUGGGUACCCGCAGAUUCACUGCCCCGGAGGCCCCAGAGCCAUGGAAAGGAAUCAGACAUGCCACCACUCAUGCCCCUGCGUGCCUGCAGGAGUCCUGGGGGCAGGUGACCUCCAUGUACUUCAGCACGGGGAGGCGGUACCAGUGGCUGCGCUUCAGCGAGGACUGCCUGUACCUGGACGUGUACGCGCCGGCGCGCGCGCCCGGGGACGCGCUGCUGCCGGUGAUGGUCUGGGUCCCGGGAGGCGCCUUCCUCGUGGGCGCCGCUUCCACGUACGACGGCUCGGAGUUGGCGGCGCGCGAGCAGGUGGUGGUUGUGCUGCUGCAGUACAGGCUCGGCAUCCUGGGGUUCCUGAGCACGGGAGACAGCCAGGCUCGCGGGAAUUGGGCGCUGCUGGACCAGGUUGAAGCUCUGCGCUGGGUGCAGAAGAACAUCGCAGCCUUCGGUGGAGACCCAGGCCGCGUGACCCUGUUCGGCCAGUCCGCUGGGGCCUUCUGCAUCUCGGGACUGAUGAUGUCCCCCCUAGCCCGGGGCCUCUUCCACCGGGCCAUUUCCCAGAGCGGCACUGCAGUGCUCAGAAAUUUCAUCAAUCCUGACCCGCUAGCGGUGGCCAAGAAAAUUGCCCACCUGGCAGGCUGCAAACACAACAGCACCCAGAUUCUAGUAGAAUGCCUGAGGGCACUACCAGUGGCCAAGAUGAUGCAUGUGUCCAAGAAGAUGAGAUUCUUCCACUUCAAUUUCCAGAAAGAUCCUCAGGAGAUCGUGUGGUUCAUGAGCCCUGUGGUAGACGGUGUAGUGUUCCCAGACAACCCUGUGGUACUCCUGACCCAGGGGCAGGUUGCACCUGUGCCCUACCUUUUGGGUGUCAACAACCUGGAGUUCAACUGGGUCUUGCCUUAUAUCAUGAAGAUCCCGCUAAGCCGACACAUCAUGAGAAAAGAAACCCUCUCCAAGAUACUCUGGAGCACCAGCACCCUGUUGAACAUCACCAAGGAGCAGGUACCUCUGGUGAUGGAGGAGUACCUGGGUGAGAUGGAUGGCGGCGACUGGAAGAUGUUACGAAACCGCCUGAUGGACCUAGCUACGGACGCUGUCUUUGUGUCUCCCACCCUACGGGCUGCUCGCUGCCACCGCAACGCCGGCUUCCCCGUCUACCUCUAUGAGUUCAUGCACCAUGCUCCCACCACCAUCAUUAUCAAGCCCCGAACUGACGUGGCAGACCACGGUGAUGAGAUCUACUACAUCUUCGGAACUCCCUUCCUCAAAGGCCACUCCGCAGGUGAGGAGAGGGCACUGAGUUCCCGGAUGAUGAGCUACUGGGCCAAUUUUGCCCGCACAGGAAACCCCAAUGACGGGAAGCUGCCCUACUGGCCGCGCUACGACAAGGACGAGAAGUACCUGCAGCUGGACUACGCUGUGAGGGUGGGUGUGAAGCUCAAGGAGGAGAAGGUGGCCUUUUGGAUGAGGCUGCACCAGAAUACAGGGUGUGACACGCAGAAGCACUUCUGAGGGUAGUUCUCUAGGAGGGAGCCUAAG